AUGGCCGCGAUUGAAACUAUCCUACUCUAUCGUAUGUUUACUUGCCUUUGCUUCAUAAUUUUGGCGAUUUCCCAUAUCAGUACUUCGACAGAAUUCAACCUCCUUCGACUUCGUGAACACAGCCUUUGGUUAACCAUUGAGAACAAAAUGUAUGAGGUUAAUACACUCAAUAUUCCCAGCACUCCAAGACAUAUUCUCACCUGGUUCCAACCCAAGCACUGCACCCAUCAUCGCCUUUCUACCUCCUGUUCUGGAUUCGUCACACAUUCUACCGAAAUCGAAGAAGACCUUUUUGAGAUAUGUGGUGUAAUUCACAACAAGGCCUUUUGCGGUCUCUACACCACCUCUGCCCAAGGCAUGCUCUCAGCCGUUUCAGAGAAACGCGUCGCCGAUGAGUUGGUGAACAGAGCUCUCGAACCCUCUUUGCUUCAACAUUCAGAUGGUGUCAUGGUGAUACUAAAGAGACGAGAGGAAGAUGAUCAACUGCCACUUUUAAUUUUACGUCGUGGGUACAGUCAAAACUCCUCAGCUCUACGACAUCCGGGCGCCAACCCCAAUUGGUGGAAGGUGCAGCUCUUCUCGCGCAACUUUCAGCUCCCCAGAAGUCAAGAAUUUGAUCUAGUACAUCAACGCCUUCACAGUCCAUACCAUUAUCUCUUUUUCAAUCGUGCUCAAUCAUUCCGAAACCCACUAGACGAUUUUCUUUCACCACCAGGACCAAGAUAUGAGACCCAGUCGACUCUUGUCGUGCGUUUCUGUCUCAAUGACAACGGUCUACAGAUGCCAGACAGUGGAUUGGCCGUGUUUACCACUCUCCUCAAAGCCAAACUCUCUUGUAGCCUUAGACUUCCAACCUUCCGGAAUGCGCCCGCCUUCUACGCACGCAACAGAGAUCAUGAAACCGAGCCACUCCUUACAUUUGAUCACAUUGUCACGAGUGACAGUUUCAUUGGACCCGAUAAGGACCUCUUCUUCGUGGGACUGUUCACCUGGACUGAAACUUCAUCCUCACAGAGACUUCAACAAUCGAUGGAACUAAUGGGAUCACCGAUGGCCCUGUGUAUCUUUCGAGCCUCGGACUUAAGUGAUAUGGCAACCCAAACUUCUUUAGCCAUUCAGAUUGGGAAUGAACCUGCAAGGAAGUUGUUUGAAACUAAUUGCACGGUUGGUGGGGCUAGCGACGAGUCUUUGCGUUUCUUGAGGCUCAAUGGCAGUGCAGAACAACUUCGCUCUGUGCAGUUUGGUGCCAGACUGUCAAUGCGCUACGCUGUAUUAGCUCUCUCUUACCUCAUUUCAUCCGUUAAUGAUCUUGCUGUCAAAAGCCAUGAGUGUGACUACAGAUCGUCAACCCUACUAAUGAAGCUGAAUGCGCUUUCAGAAGUUCAGGCGUCCUGUGCCUCAACAAAGUAG